UUUGUACUUUUUCUUCUUACUUGUCUAUAAAUAGUUCAACUCAUUUCUACUCCAAUGCAUAUUUCUCAGCAGAACAGUUUUUAAAAAAAAAACAUAAUAGAAAGAAAUGGCACACAGAGUUGUUAUGUCUCUACUCCCUUUUCUCCUACUCUUGUUGAUUAAUGACCAUGGAAGCUUUGCAAGAGAUAUGAACCAAAUUGAUCAACCUUACCUUGAUGGCUGGCUAAAAAACACUCCACAGAAGAACCAAAAAUCCUCCCUCAAUUCCGACCAAGUUUAUCUUGAUGGAUGGUUGAAAGAUACCCGAGAUGAGAAAACAAAAACCAACCCUGACACCAAUCAAGUUUACCUUGAUGGAUGGUUGAAAAAUACUCGAGCAGAGAAAGCAAAAGUCAACCUUGACUCAAAUCAAGUUUACCUUGAUGGAUGGUUGAAAGACACCCGGGCCGAGAAAGAAAAAAUCAACCCUGACUCCAACCAAGUUUACCUUGAUGGGUGGUUGAAAGAUACCAGAGGUGAGAAAGCAAAAGCCAACCCUGACUCCAACCAAGUUUACCUUGAUGGAUGGUUGAAAGAUGUCCGAGGUGAGAAAGAAAAAUCCAACCCUGACUCCAAUCAAGUUUACCUUGAUGGAUGGUUGAAAGAUACUCGAGGUGAGAAAGAAAAAUCCAACCCUGACUCAAAUCAAGUUUACCUUGAUGGAUGGUUGAAAGAUACUCGAGGUGAGAAAGAAAAAUCCAACCCUGACUCCAACCAAGUUUACCUUGACGGAUGGCUAAAAGAUACCCGAGCUGAAAAAGAAAAAGCCAAUCCUAACUCCAACCAAGUUUACCUUGAUGGGUGGUUGAAAGAUACCAGAGCCGAGAAAGCCAAAGCCAACCCUGAUUCAAACCAAGUUUACCUUGAUGGAUGGUUGAAAGAUACUCGAGUCGAGAAUGCAAAAUCCAACCUUGAUUCCAACCAAGUUUACCUUGAUGGAUGGUUGAAAGAUACCAGAGCCGAGAAAGCCAAAGUCAACCCUGAUUCAAACCAAGUUUACCUUGAUGGAUGGUUGAAAGAUACCCGAGUUGAAAAGGAGAAAUCCGCCCCUGACUCUAAGCAAGUUUACCUUGAUGGAUGGUUGAAAGAUAUCCGAGUUGAAAAGGAAAAAUCCUCCCCUGACUCUAAGCAAGUUUACCUUGAUGGAUGGUUGAAAGAUACCCGAGUUGAAAAGGAGAAAUCCGCCCCUGACUCUAAGGAAGUUUACCUUGAUGGUUGGUUGAAAGAUACUCGAGUUGAAAAUGAUAAAUCUUCCCCUGACUCUAAGCAAGUUUACCUUGAUGGAUGGUUGAAAGAUACCCGAGAUGAGAAAGCGAAAUCGACCCUUGACUCCAACCAAGUUUAUCUUGAUGGAUGGUUGAAAGAUACUAGAGCCAAGAAAGUCAAAGUCAACCCUGACUCCAACCAAGUUUACCUUGAUGGAUGGUUGAAAGAUACCCGAGAUGAAAAAGCAAAAUCCACCCCUGACUCCAACCAAAUUUACGUUGAUGGAUGGUUGAAAGAUACCCGAGCUGAGAAAGCAAUAGUUAACUCUGACUCCAACCAAGUUUACCUUGAUGGAUGGUUGAAAGAUACACGAGCAGAGAAAGAAAAUUCCUCCCCUAACUCUAACCGAAUUUACCUUGAUGGAUGGUUGAAAGAUAGCCAUGUUGAGAAUGCAAAAUCCAUCCCGAAUUCCAAGCAAGCUUACCUUGAUGGUUGGUUGAAAGACUCGCGUGCGGAGAACUACAUGAAAAAUGGACAACACUUGGAAGAAUCGAAUGGAAAACUAUCUUCAAAAGUUGACCAUACAGAAGCAUUCAAGGUAGCUUUUUUCAGUCUAGAUGAUCUUUAUGUAGGAAAUGUAAUGACCUUGCAAUUUCCUAUUAGAGAAUAUGCCCCGUUCUUGCCAAGAAAAGUAGCUGACGACAUUCCUGUCUCCAAAUCACAAAGCCCAAGCCUUCUUCAACUAUUCUCACUCACAAAAGAUUCUCCUCAAGGUGAAGACAUGAUAGACGUAAUUAAUCAAUGUGAGUCUGAACCCAAUAAAGGGGAGACCAAGGCUUGCCCUACUUCUUUAGAGUCCAUGCUUGAAUUUGUUCAUGGUAUUAUUGGUGUCGACACUAAUUAUAACAUUCACUCAACUAGCUAUCCCACAACAUCAGGUGCGCCUUUGCAGAACUACACUGUUUUGGAUAUCUCAAAGGAUAUUUAUGCUCCUAAAUGGGUAGCAUGUCACCCUAGGCCUUACCCAUAUGCACUUUACUAUUGCCAUUACCUAGACAUAGGGAGUAAGAUCUUCAAAGUUCUUCUAAAGGGUGAAUAUGGAGACAUAAUGAAUGCUUUGGGAAUUUGCCACCUAGACACAUCUGCCAUGAAUCCUAAUCAUUUUAUAUUUGACCUACUUGGAAUGAAGCCUGGGGAAGGUCCAUUGUGUCAUUUCUUCCCUGUUAAGCAUGUCUUAUGGGUGCCAAGCCCAUCAGAUGCCACCAAGUGAAUAAAAGGAAACUAGUUCAUAUCGGUUAGUCGGUGUCUGUCCCAAAACUUUUCAUGUUUUUCCUAUGCUUUUAAUUUCUAUAAUUUUAGUGUCCUAUAAGGUCUUGGUUGUGCACUAAAUAAGGUCUUGUUUCUAGAAACGAGAUAAUUGUGUUGGCGUCUCUUUAGUUUAUCAAACUUAGGUAGUUGUUUGUUAGACCUCUAAGUAAGGAGUUUAGAGCAAUUAUCUUAGUGUUAUUAUGUGUGAUUUGUGGGUUAUCCUUUGUAUUGUAAUUCUGUUUGUAUUAAUGAAUAUCAGACAUCGUCUCAAUUCUAUUA